UUCGUGAACGUUAAGAAUCGCCGUUUUAUCAGCACGAAAGUCUGUGAAACGAUACACGACAGUGUGUUCGUGCUCGUGAUUCAGCAAAACGAUAAUUGCACCUUAUAAAUUGUCGGUGGUCGGUGCGGGAGAGCUUCAUUCUUAUUGCGAUUGUCGUUCCGUUCAGUCGAGAAUCUUCUGAAAAUGGUCAAAGCCGUGUGCGUUCUUCAGGGUGAUGCCAAAGGCACUCUAGUCUUUGAACAAGCGGAUGCUUCGGGCCCGGUGAAGGUCACUGGUCAGGUUUCUGGCUUGCAAAAAGGAUUGCAUGGUUUCCACAUUCACGAAUUCGGCGAUAACACUAACGGUUGUACGAGUGCUGGCCCACACUUCAAUCCUCUAGGAAAGGAUCACGGUGCACCAGAUGCAGCCGUACGUCACGUUGGAGACUUGGGAAAUGUUGAGGCAGGUGCCGAUGGAGUGGCAAAUGUUAACAUAACAGACAAAAUGAUCCAACUUCAGGGACCGAACAAUAUAAUCGGCAGAACCCUGGUGGUCCAUGCCGACCCUGAUGAUCUUGGCAAAGGUGGACACGAGUUAUCAAAAACAACUGGAAACGCUGGUGCCCGCCUCGCCUGCGGCGUUGUCGGCAUUGCGAAAGCCUAAAUACAUACAUUUUCAUCCGAUACUAAUAAAAUUACAAAACUAUUAGAAUUAUGAUAUUAUGACUGUUACAGUUGGAAUAUCAGCUCGAAUAUCAUUCCUGAUUUUCCACGAUAGAAAUAUGUUAUAUGUAUUAUAAUCUUUGGUACAGUGAUGUUGAAUCUUCAAUAAAGUACAUAGUACAGUGUA